ACAUGAUAAGCGUCUUUGUCCUAUCCGGUGUCGCUGGUGACUACCGCAUUCGAGGCUUUACCUUGAUGUUGAAAUAGCUCACAUCAGGACGUGUAUGUUGUAAUAUAUUGAUGGUCUUUUCAUGCGAUCGUCGCCAUACACUCCAGGCAGACCACCGUGUACACAGGACUGAGGUAUUUCUGAAACUGGCGGUUGGGAUAUAGCAAUCGCUGUCUUCACUGAGAGCUGUUCGCGACGCCAUUAUGAUCAUAUCUUGUGUCCUUGGAUUAUGUGUGCUGUUGUUUAGGCCGCUUGUCUCUGGCGCGUGCAACGUUACGCUCUUUGCUCAAAGGGAACCGUUGAAUUUCACAUCUCCUAACUACCCACGCAACUACACAAGCAAUGAAAACUGUUAUUGGGACAUCUACCCUCAAACAAGAGGGUACAGAGUUGUACUCGACAUGGUGUUCUCCGAUAUUGAAGGCUCCCUCGGAUCCACCUGUCGAUAUGACGCCCUUACCAUAUACACAGUAAAUAAUGCUGAUCAAAACCUAGCCGAUUUACACAGAAUUUGUGGACAAAGCAGAUGGAACAUUAUUACCCUUGGAGACCAACAUUUUCAUGCAGUGUUCGAGACUGAUGGCACUGUAACCAGAGGCGGUUUCCUAAUUAGAUAUUAUGAAACAGACGGGGAAUCAAACUGUGGCGUACCUCUCGUGGCAACUCCUGCAGGCAGGACCUUUACCUCGCCUGGGUACCCAAACACCUACUUUCUUCGACAGUCUUGUACCUGGACUAUUACAACAGAACAACAAAACCAAGCCAUCCUAAUGUACCCCACGGACUCCGUACUUGAGCGCGCCUCUCCACGUGGAAAUUGUGACAGCGAUUACGUCACUGUAUAUAACGGUCAGAAUAGUUCUGACAUACUUGGCACUUUCUGUGGGAACGAAAGACCUGUCUUUUCCAGCGGGGGAAACUCACUGCGUGUUCGUCUACAAACUGAUUCCUCCAACAACUACAAAGGAUUCAAAAUGUUUUACAGAGCUGUACCUGCAACAACCUGCCGCGGUACGAUGCCCGCUGGACGGAAUCCAAUACAAAUUGUGUCCCCAGGAUAUCCUAACAACUACCAAAGUGGAUUAGACUGUCAAUGGACUAUAAAUGCGCCGCCUGGAAGCAACAUCACGGUUGAAGUUCUGUUCGUUGAUAUGGAGAUAGUGCCAUCGUGCACAAACGAUUAUCUACUUUUUAAAGAUGGCACUACAAACUUUGCUCGCCAACUGGCAAAGAUCUGUGAACGAACGUCUACUGCCAUCGUCAGCUCCAGUAACUACAUGACCAUCAUAUUUCAUUCAGACAGUAGUACCACAGGAAGAGGCUUUCGCUUGCAGUACUCAUCUGAGGGAGCAAAUGUGCCUUAUUGUGGAAAUACAAUGCUAAGCGCAUCCACGUCCACCUGGAGAUAUGUGUCGUCUCCUGGCUACCCCAACUACAACUACAACAACAACAUGGACUGCAAGUGGACAAUUUCUGCACCUUUUGGAUAUAUAGUAAAAGUUGAAAUUAAAGUUCUUUCUGUGGAAUAUGAAGCCACCUGUGCACGUGACUAUCUUCUCUUCAAUGACGGCUCCUCGUCUUACGGCACUCAGUUGGGAAGAUACUGUAGUGGCACAAGGGACGUCGUCAGCUCUGACAACGCCAUGACCAUCACUUUCCACACGGACGGUUCUGUCACAGAUAGAGGAUUUUCUUUGAAAUACAUGGCGCGGAGGUCAGGUUGUGGCACAAAGGAAGAGAUAAACGGAUAUGAAACGCAAUAUAUUGAAUCACCGAAUUAUCCUCUGGACUAUCCCGACAAUGCGGACUGUUCAUGGACAAUCAGCACUGAUGUUGAAGGAUAUGUAAUCCAUGUGAAAGUGGAGUUUUUCUACCUUGAGCAUGACAGCACGUGUUCCUAUGAUUAUGUGCAGCUCUAUGACGUCAGGGGAACAUAUGAACACUCGCUUGGUCGAUGGUGUGGAGCGGAUGGACCAGAUACACAGAGUACAGGGAGGAGUAUGAAGGUCCGAUUCCUCUCCGAUGGUUCGAACACCUUCACAGGAUUCAAGUUGGCCUUCACUGCCGGCGAGCCAACAUCAUCCUCAGCGUCUUAUACACCGAGCUUUGAAGGGGUCAUUGGAGGGGUAUUUGGCGGCAUUGUUGGCGUGGCUAUAGUAACGUGUGUCUGCUGUGGAAUGUGCUCCAGACAAAAAUCCACGACCAAUAACCAGUCGCAAAGGAACAGAUCUCGUGAAGCCAACUGGAACAGCGUCUUUUCCAUUCCCCUCCCAAACUACCCAUCAACUACGUCUACUACCCAGCCGGCCAUGUUUACUCCACCCCCAGCUUACAGUGAAGUCGUGAAGGAUGACCCCCCACCCUACUGUCUGGCAGUUCCACUAUCAGACACACACCCCGUUGUGACGUCAUCCCUUAGCGGCGAAUAUCAAGGGAUUGAUAACCCAGCAGGGCCGAACUGAGUGACAGUUUCACAUGAUGUACAUGCUAUGCAUUGCUGAACACAUUCAUGGAUUUUCCUUCACACAAAUUAAUAUAUCUUUAAUGCAAUCCCAAAACUACAUCGACAGAGAAUAAUAAAAAAUCGUUAAAAAUUGUUCCAAAGAGGUAUAAUUUAUAUUAUCUAAGAACAUCUAUCACCAUAAGAAACUGCAGUUACCUGUAUUCUUCCGUUAUCUCGUUCCCGAUCAAUUUGGAUCACGUGUGAUGUUGAUUGUUGAACUGUGCAUAACCAAGGAACAGAUUUCACGUUUUCCAGGUGAAAGAACAUUCAUCAACUGAUCAGUAUUCAAUAAAUAUUGUCCAAAUCAUGCCACAAUCAUGUCACAAUUAGGAAUGGAUGAUAAUACAAUGACCACGAUCAGAAACUUUUGAAAUUCCUCUUUGUUGUCGCGGCAUAUACUUGUAACUGUUUUUGUUAUUUGUUAUAAAAAUAUUUUGUAUAUCAAAUGA